AGCAGCAGCAGCCGCGUGGGCGGACCAGGAGAGAUAGUCCAGUCUGACAGGAACCGCUGUGUUUCAUACUGCGGGGAGGAGGUUUCGUGUGAUUGAUAUUUUGCAUCUGUAUGGGACGCGAGCACCGCCCUCACUAACAUCUGGCAGGGAUAACUUAUGAAGUGACCGGCGUUUGCAUCUCACCGGCGGAGAGAACGGUGUCGUAUUUGGCUGCAGGAAUUGGACUCAGUUUGAAGCUGGCAGGCGUAGGGGGAGCUAGUGAGCAUGGAUGAGCCGGGCAGCAGGAACAGCAGCCUGCAGAGGAAGAAGCCGCCAUGGCUCAAACUGGACAUCCCCACCAUCCAGCUGACACCGGACGACACGCCCACAAACACCCAGCCAGUAAAGCGCCUGCGCAGCAUCAGCAUGCCAGGAGAAAACCCCCAGACCUGCAUCGCUGCCAUGGAAACUUCUAACAACUACCUCAGACCCCCCACUCUAGAGAGACUGCCCUCCAUUACACAGUCAAUCAAGAGGGGUACAGCAGACUGGUUCGGGGUGAGCAAGGACAGCGACAGCACCCAGCGAUGGAGGAGGAGGAGCCUUCAGCACUGCAGCCAGCUGUACGGGGGUCUAAAGCCACAGGUGAUGAGGGAGAUGGAACUUCACAGCCAGGACAACCUCUCCCUGGCCAGCACUGAGACCCCUCCUCCCCUCUACCUCCCACCCCACCACCCCAGUCACCACCAAUAUGGCAUGCAGAGGAUCGUAGACCCCCUGGCCCGGGGUCGUGCCUUCCGCACGGUGGAAGAGAUGGAUGGCUUGAGUGUCCCACCAACUCCCAUUACGCCCGGCACAGCUUCCCUCUGCUCAUUUUCCAGUUCCCGUGCCACCCUCAACCGAUUGCCACGGCGACGCAAACGAGAGUCUGUUGCAGUCAUGAGCCUGAAGGCUGCAGCAGCACUAAUGAAGGGCCGAACAUUAGGCGACACCGGCACCGGGCAAUGUCGUAAACGGAGUUUCAUACCUCCUAGUAUCUUUGAAGAUGACACUGUGGACUUUCUUGAUGAUCUGGACACAUCCUUCUUCACCAGAGAGGGCCUGCACGACGAGUUGUCCAGCUAUGUUGACGACGUUUUCGAAACACCAUCAGAGGCUGCCCUCCAACAACUGGAUGAGAGUGAGCUCACAGGGAGUGCGCUGGAUAAGAAUGAACUGGAGAGGAGUCACCUCAUGUUGCCGUUAGAGCGAGGGUGGCGGAAAGCAAAAGAUGGAUCUCUGGUCCAACCAAAGGUGCGUCUGAAACAGGAAGUGGUGAGUGUAAAUGGCCACCAGCAGCGUGGGCAAAGGAUUGUGGUUCCUGUUAAGAAGCUGUUUGCCCGAGAGAAGAGGCCUUAUGGGCUUGGCAUGGUCGGCCGUCUCACAAACCGGACGUAUCGCAAGCGCAUCGACAGCUUUGUUAAGAGACAGAUUGAGGACAUGGAUGACCACAGGCCUUUCUUUUCCUACUGGAUCACAUUUGUCCAUUUCCUCAUCACCAUUCUGGCUGUCACCAUCUACGGCAUUGCUCCUGUGGGCUUCUCCCAGCAUGAAACAGUUGACUCAGUGUUGAGGAACAAAGGAGUAUAUGAAAAUGUUAAGUUUGUGCAACAACAGAACUUCUGGGUGGGCCCAAGCUCAGAGUCACUGAUCCACCUGGGCGCCAAGUUUUCCCCCUGCAUGCGUCAAGACCAAGAGAUCCAUCAGCUGAUUCAGGAGAAGAGAGCAAAGGAGAGAGAGUCGGGCUGCUGCGUGAGGAACGACCGCUCCGGCUGCCUGCAGACUUUACAGGAGGAGUGUUCGAGUACCCUGGCAGUAUGGGUGAAGUGGCCUCAGCACCCCAGUGCUCCCUUACUCAAUGAUAAACUACGCCAGCAUGGCUCAGUCUGCCAUCAAGACCCUAGAAUUUGUUUGGAGCCAGCCUCAGUUUCGCCUCAUGAGUGGCCUGAUGACAUCACCAAGUGGCCAGUUUGUACAAGGUACAAUUCUGGGAAUCACACCAACCUUCCCCAUAUAGACUGCACCAUCACAGGACGGCCCUGCUGCAUUGGCACCAAAGGACGAUGUGAAAUCACUUCCAGAGAAUACUGUGAUUUUAUGCAUGGCUACUUCCACGAGGAAGCCACUCUCUGCUCACAGGUGGCCUGCAUGGAUGAUGUGUGUGGUUUACUGCCUUUCCUCAACCCAGAGAUCCCAGACCAGUUCUCCAGACUCUGGCUGUCUCUAUUUCUUCAUGCUGGGAUCCUGCACUGUCUGGUGUCUGUGUUGUUCCAGAUGACGGUGCUGAGGGAUCUGGAGAAGCUGGCCGGCUGGCUGCGAAUUUCCAUCAUCUACAUGCUGAGCGGUAUCACUGGCAAUUUGGCCUCAGCCAUUUUCCUGCCCUACAGAGCCGAGGUGGGUCCUGCUGGCAGUCAGUUUGGCAUCCUGGCCUGUCUGUUUGUGGAGUUGUUUCAGAGCUGGCAGAUCCUUGAGCGGCCGUGGCGGGCUUUUGCUAAGUUACUGGCCAUCUCAGUCUUCUUCUUCUCGUUUGGUUUGCUACCUUGGAUCGACAACUUCGCCCACAUAUGUGGUUUUGUAUCGGGAUUCUUCCUCUCCUUUGCCUUCCUGCCGUACAUCAGCUUUGGGCCCUCCGAUAUGUACCGGAAGAGGGUCCAGAUCUGUGUGUUUCUGAUGGUCUUUCUGGGUCUGCUCGCCACCCUGGCCGUCCUAUUCUACGUCUACCCCGUGAAGUGUGAAUGGUGCGAGUACCUCACCUGCAUCCCGAUCACAGACAAGUUCUGCGAGAAGUACGACCUGAACGCACACCUCCUCUGACCAUCUACCUUUGAAAUGUCAGCGGGGCUGUUUCUGAAUGUGCACUAACGUCAGACUGGU